AUGAAGGCUUGCAGCUUAUCUUUAAAAAUCGCGCUGGCUAUAUUGUGGGCAUUGCUCAUUGACGUGCCGAAUGUCAGUGCCCGUCGGAUCACUACUAAGCAGGUACAGAAGGCACCACCGGACGACAUGCUCCUCGAGCACGAUUACGAGGUUACUGAAGAUGAUAUGACAGUUGACGUUAGCGUACAGCGCUGGACGGAUACUUCGACUGAAUGGAUGGAUGAUGGAUGUAUGAAUCUGGAAGAGUCUGGGGAUGACUGGCUACUCGAACAAAUCACGUAUAACCCUACUAGGGUAAAUCCUUCAUAUCCGUACUUCCUUGAUGGAAUAUUAGUUUUCAAUGAGUACUUUUGUCAAGGCGUACCUCUCGAGCUCCAACUGGGGGACUUUACCGAUGAAAGAGAUCUCGAGCUUGGGAGCCCAUGGAAUAGGCCUUGGGAGGACCCUAAAAAUGGAGCGGCCGAAGAAGGACAUAACCUUGUAACCUUUAAACUGAAGAUGACAGAUCCGGAGAUGAAACUUAGGCCCGAAACCCUCGAAGAGAUCCAGCUACCUGGCACGGAUCUUCCAGAAGAGCUCCGCCCUCCGUUGAAAGAAAAAUACACGGAUGAAACUCAAUUCGAUAUUGAUACAGCUACAAAUUGGCACAAGGCUUCGGCAUGGCGUGGGAUGCAGCAUAUUAAGAAUAUUUCCAAAGAAUUAUCAAGAGCUGAGGCCGAGGAGGAACAAAAAUGGGAUGAUGUGGAAAGGGAUGAAUUAUUUCAAAAUGAGAACGACUGGCAUAACCAGAUUGGAGAAUUCGGGCGGGAUAUCUCCUUACAUGGGUUCUGGGGAGCAGUUAGUAUCAAGGUUGUAACCGACCAAACCCACUGGUACACGACAAAUCUUCAACGUGAAGUACUCUAG